AUGGGUCUCUGCAGGGCCUCGCUGUCUUCGACGGAGUCGGCAGCUUCUCACAGCUGGUUAUCACCGGCAAGUCGACAAACUACCUUCUUCGGACAGGUUCCUGAAGCUGCCGCAGAAAGCGGUGCCUGUUCCCUCGAAGCCAAACCUUUGCCCGCAAAGGCAUUUCACGCCGUUCCUUUGGCUCCUCGAGCACGAAGCGGGCGGCGGGGCCGGGGCCGGGCCGGGCCCCUCGGGCCUGAGCCUCCCUCGCGGCCCCUCCCGAGGCCCGCGGGGUCGCCCGGCAACGCGGCGGACGCGGCGGCACCGACCCGCGGCCAUGGCCUCCAAGAUGAGCAAGAAGAAGGAGGCCUCCCGCCGCACCAGCACCUCCUCCAAAACGUGAGAGCCCCGGAAGAGAGGGAGGGUGGGCGCGGGAGGAUGGCAGCCCCCGCCGGCCGGCCCGACAAGGGCGGCGGGCCUGGAGACGCCGCCGUGCCCGGCCUGGGCUACAGCGGCCGCCUCCGGGGCCGGCUGGGAACUCGCCCCGAGGCUUCCCCGCCUCGGCCCGGGCGGUCGCCGAGGGCGGCGGGCACCUGUGCUAGGCGGCCCAGGGGCCGUGGCACCGGCCGGACACGGGGGAACUCGGGAUAUAUGGACAGACUGGGGAACGAGAGGCUGGAGAGCAACACCUCAGAAAGGGACCUGGGAGUCCUGGUCAAUGGCAAGUUGAAUAUGAAUACAACACCAUGGAGGGCCAGCUGUGAGAAGAAGCCGCCACCUAUGCUUUCCAAGAUAUCUGCUUCCAAUGACAAGUGGAGAUUUCCUAUUUGGCCAGAAUGGAAUGAUGCAGAUAUCAAUGCAGAAAAAUGGGAUGCUGGAAAAGCUGGAAAAGAAAAACCUGGAAAAGGCCAAAUUUCACCUGGAUUUGAUGACCCUGAAGGGAAAAUAAGGUUGCCAGCAUCUUUAAAAGUGCAUUCAUGGAAACGUCCACAAGAGUUUUUAACAAAAGAGGUUCCUGUGGUAGUCCAAAAUGAAACCUCAUUUGACCUUGUUUCAGCAAAUGAGCACAUAUUUUGUUGUGAGCUGAUGAGAUGGAUUGUAAGUGAAAUCUAUGCUGUCUGGAGGAUAUAUAAUGAAAAUUCCUUAAAUAGUGAGACGCUUGAUUGGAAACCUUGGGAACACAUUUAUGCCUUAUGUAAAGCUACCAAGGAACACAUACCGCUGUACAAUAAAUUUGGAAAAUAUGUAUUGAAACUUUAUUGGAUGGGUUGUUGGAGGAAGAUCACUGUGGACGACACUAUGCCUUUCGAUGAAGAGGAGAAUUUGUUAUUACCAGCUACAACCUGCCAAAAUGAACUUUGGCCAAUGUUGCUGUCCAAAGGUAUCAUUAAGUUAGCAAAUACGAGUAUACAUGAAAAUGGAAAAAGAGAGAUGGAGGAAUUUACAGUUCUACAAACAUUGACUGGAUGGAUACCAGAAGUUAUUCCUCUCCAGCCUGAAUACUUGGACAAAGUUUGGGACUUUUUGAAAGAGAUUGUGCCAGAAUUCAAGUUGCCAGAGAAGGCUCCAGAACUUGACAUUAUUCAGGAUGACACAAAAACAGAAGAGACCAGAGACUCAGAGUUAAAAAGUGAAGUUUCAUCUAGGAAUAAGCUGACAGAUACAACUGAGAAAACAGAGACAACCAAUAACAUUACCAAAGAAAAAGCAGAGCAGAAAAAAGUAGGAAAGAAAAGAAAAGGAGGAGAGAAAGAAAAAAGCAAGGUAGCGCCUCAGUCUUCAGAAAAAGUCCAAGGCCUUCAGGACUUAACUGAAAAAUCACCCGUACCAAGCCAGCCAGAGAUGGUCGUGUGCGCUGGCUGUAUACCGCUGCAUUUGUUUGAAGAGGAUAUUUUUUUAUUAACACGAAUGGCUGACUCUUCAGAGAAGAUGAGGCAAUAUGGGCUUUCCCAUAUACACAGCCAUCCUGUCCUGAUCACUAGAACUCGGUCCUGUCCUCUGGUAGCACUGCCAGAACCACCACCACUUCCUUCUUGGAAGCUUUUCCGUCAGAAAAAGCAAGUUGUUGUGACAUCUGAACCCCAAGAGCCUGUGGUAGAGAAACCUGAAAAACACGUUGAGAUCGCUAGCCUAUUUUUUAAAUACAAACUGAAUAUUAUCACAAUACCAACAGACACCCACUUUCCACAGACUACCCUCAAAAAAGGAUUUCGUUCUAUAUCCCAUCUCACUUCUGUUAGUGAAAUUGAUGAAAAUGAAAGUGACAGUAAUGGGGAUAUGAGUCAAAAUGGGACACUCUCAAAUGCAGAAGAUCAUUCUCAGGAGACCACUUCCUUGUCACAACAAAAGGCAGAGGUACUCAGUAAAGAUGAACGUGACAAUAUCAGUUUAGAUACCAAAAAAACAUCAGACACAGCUGAUGCCGAUAUGAAGAGCCUGACAGGGACUAAAUCAAAGGACGGAACAGCAUCAGAAAAGAUUUCAGUUUCCAGGGAAACCUGGAUUACCUUUGAAGACUUCUGUGUUUGUUUCCAGAACCUGCAUGUUUUCCACAAGCCACAGACAUAUGCUUAUAAUUAUCAGAAGACAUGUUUUAAGUCUUCUGAUGAGGAAGUCUUCUAUUAUUUACUUGUGGACAGUCUGAUGCCCAUUGAAAUCCUGGUUAGCUUUUCUGCAUUAGUACACUGGUAUGUUACUGAAGGUACUAAACAAGAAUGUUCAACGGGCAUGCUGAGGGUUGAAUAUUUCUCUUGGAAAUCUGUGAUUCCUGGAGAACUUGUAUUAAAGAUGCAUACAUCUGCAACCAAAGCUACUGUGGUAAAUCUUCCUGUUGGGAGACAUAUCCUGCUCUUCACAGUAACUUGUCCCAUAGGGCACCACAUUGAGCUGUGUACCAUGGUGCCAUGUGUCUUUGGAGAAGAGGAUGCCGUGAUGCCAGCUCUUCAGAAGGAGAGCUCUCGAUUUAUAGAACAGGCUACAGCUAUCCUGAAAGCUGUUGGAAAUGUGAUAAAUAAUUUCAGCAAUAAGGAGGAGCUUCCUAAAGCCUUGAAGGAAUUGGAAGUAGCUCAUUGUCCUCCUGGCCUUCAUGAUACUAAAAUAGCUAAAGAAAACAUCAAGGUUUUCAAUAAUGCAUUUUGGUAUUUGAUCAAAUAUGUAUUAGACAAGAAGGAUCUUUACAGAUAUAAAUUUGCCUUCAGGUCUUUUACUUUGGAUUUUAAAGACACUGAUUUUUCUGGUGAUGACACUGAUAUUUCAGAGAGCAGUGAGGAGAAAUCCCUUAGUAGUUGGGAGAGUAAAACUCCCACACCUGAAGAAGAAGCAGCAGCUCUCACAAUUCAAGCCAUCUGGAGAGGGACUUAUAUUAGGAAAAUACUGAAGAGCAGAGUACCAGGUACUAAAGAAAACACUGAUGUUGAAGAAACUUUGAAAAACCUGUGGGCUAUGAUUGAGUUAAGUUUUGAACAGUGCGCUAUAACGUUGUUAAGAGAGAUGUUUAAAAGGAACUCUAAUUCAGCUGAAAAGUUUCCUUGUUAUGAAGAUGAAUGGUGUAAGAUGUAUUUCACUGACUAUGCAGUAACCUAUGCUGAUCAACCACCAAAUGCAUGGUUUCUGGUUUUCAGAGAAACAUUUACUGUCCCAGAAGACAUGCUUAUAUUGACAAAGGUGUUUACCACUAUCCCUUCCUGUAGACUUCAUGUCCUUGAUAAUGACACACAGGAGGAAAUGCCACAUGCCUUUUUCAAAGUGGCACCUCAUAUUUAUCCCAAAAAUAAGAAAGGAUACACUUUUGUGGCUGAAGCGCACACUGGUGACCAACCUGUGGCAGGUGGAAAAUGGACGCUCCGCUUCAUCAGCUCCCAAAGUGCCCUUCCAUUUCUCUCUCGUGAAGCUGUAAAUAAUAUCUAUUCUACCCAACAAUUUAAGGAGUAUUACAUACCUAACAAAGAGUUCCUACUACUUAGGUAUUUUGUAAAAGUCACAGCACCACAUACUGCCACAUUGCAGGUACAAACCUCUAAUUCAGAUGUGUUCAUUAAAUUACAAGUCCUAGAAAAUGAGAAGGAAAUUACAAGUGUCAUUGGAAAGGGCAAUGCAGUCAUCCCAGUUGUUAAUUUCUGGAGUAAUCAACCACUUCUGAGCUCCCAGUUAAAAAACCUACAGAAUAUUCAAAGUAGUACAAAGAAGGGAUCAGAAACUGGACGAUUAAAAAAAAGAAGCCGUAAUUCAUCAAAGGACAGCAAAACUUCUUCCAAGACAGACCUUGUACAGGAAUGUUCACUGAUAUCAAUAGAUGAAUCUUUCUCCUCAGAAAACUUUGAAAAUAAUGUUGGAAGCCCACAACAAUCUUACCAGUAUUCAAUAGAGGCAUUGGUGUUGCAUGAUAGUUGGCCACUUUCUGAGAGUGAGUCUUUGCUUGUUCAGAAACUGAAAGAAAUGCAGAAAGAUGAAAUCAAAGGUAGGGGAAAGGAUGAGGAUCACAAUUUUCCCCUAACUCUUACUUCUUUCCAAGUAAAAAAGAUUCCAAAUAUUCCUAAAUCAACCAGAAGAUCAAAAGAUAAAGUAUCUGAGAAGACAGAAAAAGAGAAGCUCCAGAAGGAAAGAGCAUCACUUGAAUCUCAGGUGAGAGCAAAGCUAAAGCCUCAAUCUCCAGGAGAUUCAAACACACCCUACUGCAUUUUACGCAUAGUUAGCGAACAGAAAGAGAGAGAGUUUCUGGAGGUGAAGAAAGACACCCGGCGAGUAGAUGAGAUCAGAGCCAUGAAAGAAGCAUGGGAGUCUGCAGAGCCAGGGAGAGCUGUCAAGGCUUUUCAGGAACGUGUGCGUUUUAUUAAUAAGUAUGCUGUGAGAGAUUCAGAGGAACCCAUAGCUGAGGUUGAGAUGGCCGACUUAACACCUAGUUCAGAAGAAACAGAUUAGUAUUUUUCCACCCCAGUAAGAAUGCAAGCACCACAAACAGAUAUUGACUCAAGAUUAAAAACACAGCAAAAAAAAUGGGAGCUUAUAGACCUUAAUCCUUACUUAAGAAAAACAAUGCCUGAAUCUGUGCUGAGAAAUGAGUCUAUCAUUCAACAGCAACAGAUACAUAAAGAAGAAGAAAACAACCAUUUUAGGCAACUUCGCACGCUGGCUUUGGAACAAAGACAAAAAGAAGAAAAGGACAGAAUUUUAUUGAAGCAAAAUACACUUGAAAUGUAUGAAAACCUGCAGGCAUCCUUAGAUGAAGCACGAGGCAGAGUUUACAGCAUUCGGGAAGCAUACAGAAAUCAGCUGCUGGAGGCUGAACGCAGAAAAGAAGAAGAACUGGCAGCUCAGGAAGCAGCCCUGCAAGCAGAGCGAAAGAAGAAAAAUGCAGACAGAAAGAAAAAACGGUAA